AGCGAGGGGAAACGAGGGUGAAUAGCGAAUCGCUUGUCCCAGAUAGAGGAAAAUUCUCGAGGUGACGAACCAAUACCCUUUUUCUCUCUCUCUAUCUCGGUUCUCGCGCUGGAAAUACUGUUUUCCCCCAAAUGAAGUGACUGGUGUCAAGACUGGCUUCCAGGCCGGGUAUGGAAGUCGCUGCUGGAGGGUCGACUGGCUUGGGAAAGUCUGGAAAUGUUCGCUCUGCCUUUCCAGUCCAGAAGGUUCUAUGUCACUGCUGAAGAAGGUAGUAAGAGGGAGAAGAGACACCUUGCACGAAUCUAGCCACGAUGACGACGAUGCUGACAAUCUGCCUUUUGGUGCUGGUGGUGGGACAGAUGGUAACCGAAUCUACAGCAUCUCCUCAUCCAGACCUCAACUGCUCUCUCGAGGUCGACAGCCCUAGUGAGAACAGCAAGGGCGGUUCAGGCCCAGAGGUUGGCCCUCAGACCAAGAACUGCAGCCCUGACAGAGGGGACCAGACCAGAGUGCCUGCUGCUCUUCUUCCGUCCUCCGGUGACAUCAACGCAAGCGACGACAGAAACGGCCAGUCCAGCUUGAGUCCCGGUGCCCAACACGUAAGACAUACCUCAUUAGAAUCCGUAGACAGACACCAGAGCGAACUGGACCUCUGGCGAUGCUUGAUGAGAAGAGCGAGGGCCAGCAGACUCGAGGAGGACGAGAAGACGAAGAAGAAGCCCGCCAAAACCGUCAGAUACUGCACUUCUGACGUGAGAGGGGCCAAUGGAACGGCCUCCAGAGAGGGGGAGACCUCACCUGCCGAGGAGGGGGCGUCCCAAGGGGAUUGCCUGCCCCUCCUGUUCUUCCUGUUCCCCACGCUGUGCAAUGAAACACGCCUCUGCGUCAACCUGACGGAGGCAUCCUUAGACACCAUCCCGCAGCGCUUCUGGCUCUGGAACAGGAAGAAGAAGGCGGAGGACGAGGGGUCGGAGGCUGUCGUCUACAUCGUGGUGGUGCUGGCCUUCUACUCCUUCGGGAUAGUGUUCAUGAUGGCCAACUUCAUCCGCCAGGAGCAGAGAGAACUGGAGGAGACGAAGCUGUACAAGCAGUACGUCAAGGUGGCUAGGGAUCGCUGGCUGACCUCGAGGGGUAAUAUGGCCAACAAACUGGCGCUGCAGGCUCUCAACACAUUCAACGCUGUCCCGCAGACCACAGACGACAACAAAAUCACUUUUGUAUGAGGUAGUGUUAGUUUCGUAGUAUAGAAAGCACAAGACAGUAUGCAUAUCUUUUUGUUUGUCUCUGCUAGACUAAGAUUUAUUGGUGGAUCUUGGUGGUGAGUUUUUGUCUCUUGAAGGAGCGUCUGAAAAGUGUGAAUUCUUCUCUCCAUGAUAACCUUUGUAUCAGCUCAUCUUUCAAGCUGUCAAGAGCUGUGAGCUUAGAAACAUUGUCUGUGCUAAUUCUCUCUCUCUCUCUCUCUCUCUCUCUCUCUCUCUCUCUCUCUCUCUCUCUCUCUCAAGGGAAAGUCUACGAACAGGAAAGGCAACUCUUGUAAGUCAAACUUGAGUGUCUUCAGGGUUAUAAAUAGUUUGAUGUUUGUGUACAAAAUGGCCUCAAUAUUUUGUUAAUUGUAUAUGUGUAUAUAUAUAUUAUAUACCAAGUUAAUGAAAGUAUUAUAAGGUUGCCAUUAUAUAAUCAACGACGACUUCUUUCAUCAGAUGGAGAUCCCCUUUAUAUAAUCCUCCAUCCUGCAGGAAUCACAGGUCUCAAUGUGACCUGUUGCCACUUCCACAAGACUCCCUAUGCCUCGUGGCAAGUGUUAAGGAUUGUUUACAAUGGGAGUCACCCAUCAGAGCAUCAACCAGAGUCAGUGGUAUGAAAAUCUCUGUUGAUUGAAGAUAUUAGGCCUAAGAAGGUCCCUGGAUCUCAGUUGCACUGCUUUCUGUUCAGCCAUUCACGCCUAGCUCAGUCUGUUUGGCACUGCCUCGUUUUAAGCUGUUUCACAACGUUUCAUUGAGCCUGUAUACAGGUUCACAAAGCCUGUAUACAGCUUUUAAAAGCAGCCACGGACAAUGGCUGUUGAUCAGCGUGGCCGCUGUGAGUUUUUAAACUUGCACAAAAGGGGAUCAGAGGCUUGUAUCGGCUCCGAAAAUAACUCGCAGGGCGGUCGUAAAGAAACACAAAUGAUAGGUUUCAUCUCUCUUCCGAUACAAACGACAGAAGAAGAAGAAGACGAAGAAGAAGAAUGCCAAAACAAAACAACUGCGCUAAUGAACACUCUGUUGUUGUUGUUGUCUCUCUCUCUCUCUCUCUCUCUCUCUCGACCCGAGCUUUGAUCUACGUUCCCGUAAUUGUUUCCACAGCACGAUCUUUUCCAUCGUCCUCGUCAUUUGUAGCAUUGAACCUAUUAAAAAGAGAGACUCACUCACACACACACACACACACACACACACACACACACACACACAUGCGCUGCAAUGCCUUUUAAAGUAACAGGUUGAAGAGAUGCGGAGCAAUGACGCGUGUAUUAUUAUUGUUCUCGUUUCUAGGAAAAGUGAGAAUCACUACAACAGUGAACAAUACUUCUUGAGUCGAAGAAGGACCCUGUUCUGUGUUCUGUCGACGAGUUGGAGAACAAUGAAGCAGCUCUAUCCUUAGUCAGCAGAGGCGAAGUAAUGAUUUAAUAUCAUAUAUUAGCCAGGAGCCGUGGCGUGACUCGGGAGAAACAUCACCGAAAAGGAAAAUUACGAAAACUCCAUCGCGAACUCCUUUUUUUUUUAUAUAAAAUGAGAAGCAUGACGAAAACGUGACCCUGAGAAACAGGACAGAAAAAUGUUAGAUUCGUCGUUCAACUGAGUGUCAUGAUCAAAAGUAAUUAGGAAUUUCGCAUUAAAUAUUACAGGUUACGUUAAGUUAUAUGACAGUUAAAUAAUCUUCCAUUACAUUACAAAACAUGACAAAAAAAGGUAACCUUAAAAUGUCUGAUUAAGCAUUAUUAUUAUUAUUAUUUUUUUUUUUUUUGCUCUACCACAGUCCUCCAAUUCGACUGGGUGGUAUUUAUUAUUAUUAUUAUUAUCAUUAUCGCAUGACCUUUUAUACCAAUCCUACACAGAAUAUAUUAACAAAAUGUGAUACAGAAAUGAAAACGGUAUGUUACAGCUGAAUAUACAUAGAUCUAUACACAGGUGACGUAACAUGUUUCAAAGUCCCUAUGCCUAAGACCUUGGGAGGGCGCGGUGCUAAGGUCAAGACGUGUAUGAAACGUCGACUUCUAUGUACUGAUGUGUACCUAGAAAUAAGUACACUUAUGGACAUUCUAAAAGGGGCUUUGCAUCAUCUGAAUCCCUUAGUUAAUAGAUAAAUUUAUGAAUAUUUAUAUAAAACAAGCACUGUUAGCAUCCUCUUUCAGAUGUGGCCGGGUACAGAGUGACUAGGUUCGUGGUAGCCAGGUUUGACUGGACACUACCCUGAGAAUGGUAUAUUAUGAGCAUAUACGAGAAGACUAUAAAAGGCCUGUGUUGUAUCUGGUGCAACUUUAGCUAUGCUUGCACACUGCAAGCAGCUCAGCUCUGGCACAGUGCAGCUACUGCUACUGAACUUUCCCCCACAAGCAGGAAACAAGCAGGGGGCAUACGGAAAUUUCAAGGCGCGUUCGUUUUGUCACAAAGUUCGGCACCGAUGUUCUUCGUACGUGACUUAGGAUUCUUCAGAACUCACACGUAACGUAAAUUCGCAAUGCCCUGAAUCAAACACGCAACGCCUCUCUGACAAACCGCGAAGAAAGCGCAUUCCUUCCAGAACACAAAUGCAACGUCGUGCAUUCACGUCUUUCCUCUCUGGCAAAUAGAACGUGCCUUAGCGAUGAUGAUCUCAAAUCCUGUGUUUCCAUACGUGGAAGUCAAAAAACCCUUUUGAUCAGACGACCAAUCAAACCAUUGCUUCUGAAGAUACUCAUGGUGAUAUGUAAUCCGUCAACACCAUUUUUUCUCACCGCUUUUGAAUAUGAGAAUAUUUUUGUGAAAAUAUACACUGAUAUAUGUA